AGAAGCGAAAAAGAACACACAGAAAGCUGGAAAAUAAAAUAAAAAAUCCCUUCUUUCCUGCGGAAGAAAAGAAAAGAGAGAAUCUAUCGAACAUAAAUCUCCGGUAGGUUUUGUUGAAUCUUGUUAAUUAGUGAAGAUGAUGGUAGCAGCUAUUAACAGCUUCGAUCUUUGGCAAAAGGAUGUUUUUUUCUCAGCAGCAGAGGAGGUUCAAGAAUCUGCCGAUACAAUGGAAUCUGCGUAUAGGGUUUGGAUUAAAGAGAAGAGACAAGGUCGAUCAGACCAGCUCUGCAUUGAACUUCAAGCUGCUUUGAGCACUGCUAAAUGGCAGCUGGAAGAGUUUGAGAGGGCAGUGAGGUUGAGCCACCGUGGACAUUGCCGAGACGACACUACCUUGACUAGGCAUAAACAGUUUGUCAACGCUAUCGAGAACCAGAUUCACCGAGUGCAGUCCGCACUGCAAGAGGCUUUGGCCGAGAACGGGAAACAGCCUCUGCGUUUGGUUGAUCUUAACAAAGAAGAGCGUGACGACCUCGCCAUGUUUCUCUCUGGCUCUUCUUCCCUGUCCUCGGGGAGUUUCAGCAGUGGAAGAAGAAGCACCAACUUGAGAGACUCCUCGACGAGCUCCUUGGCUGAAAACACGCGUGGGAGAAGAGAGACUAGCUGUGUGAUAGACAUUGUUGACGAGGGAGGUAGCCCUGAAAGUGCUGAUGCUGUGAUCCGCGUGCAGCGGGCUGCUGAUAAAAGGUCGGGGACGAGAAGAACAUGGAGUUCACCGAAUGUUCCUAACGUAACUGCGUUGAGGAUUAAUGUUCCUGUUGAUGUGGAAGAAGAAGAAAAGAAGAGACUUGUGUUUGACAUUGAAGACACUCCUAAGGAGAAAGGAUCUAAACUUGUGGUUUGGAUGCAGAGAUGUCGUGAUUAUAACCUUAUCUUUGACAGAGUCAGACAUUAUCAAAGGAGGUUUCGUGUUCCCUUUAGCAGACCGGUCCAGCUCAUUCUUUCCUUCACACUAAUCUUUUUUCUUCUAUUACUGUUUCGAGUUUAUUAGUCUUGACAACUUAAAACCUUUGGUUUCCUGAAACACUCAAGAACAUUUGACAAGGUUACAUAUUCUUGCUUGUUGGUUGGUCACACACAUUAAAUGAUGCUACAUGAUUUCAACAUCCCUCGACAAAAGAUGAGAGAUUAAAAGGCUUUGUCAAGAACCAAAGAAGAACAAGCCUUCAUUUUCUUUUACUUUCUUUUGUCCUCAAGGAAACAUAUAUAGCAACUUGUAACUUCGUAGGUCUAUUUGUAAAGUAUACUUAAAACAAAAAAAAUCGUGUGUUGUUGUUAUAAAUCGAUGCGGUUAAGGUUGUUGAAGUUCACCACGGUCCUUGAAAAA